UUGUAUGGAGUUAUACCUUGCGUUAGUCUAUGUGUCCUUUUGCCCCUAGAGCUUGCUUAAGCCUAUGUGUCUUUUCCCCUUGCUUGCAGUUUCUGCAAUUGACCCAUAUUUGGUUAUUCUACCUCUCUGCCAAGACUUCCUAUUCAGAUUUUGGGUAGGUCUUAUCCCAUUUCAUCCAUUUCAAACUGACAUGUUAUGCAAUCACAUUCUUCUAGGUUAUCAUCCCUCCCGGGGCUGGGGGUAUAUUGUUUCUUAGUGGAUGAUCCACCAAUCCUAAGCUUCCUUUUCAAGGGAGAACAUCUUGUUUCAUUAGAUCAGGUCAGGCCAGGCCCUGGCAUCAAAUUGUUGGCAAGAUACUCAUGCUGCAACAUGCAAAGGUGAGCUUUGUUGAGAAAGCAAUUGGUAAGGGAAAUGAGGAGGCGGAGCCAGCCGAGACCAAACUAUAAUAAUAAUUCUCAGAUCAGGAAAGGAGAAGCCAACAGUUGGUAAAAGUGUUUUUGGGAUGAUGGAAGAGCCUUUCACAGGAAAAGAUGCCUACAUUCAGCAUUUUGAUCCCAGAGACCAUCUGGAAAAGUACUACAAAGUUAGCCUUGAGGAUGAUGGACUCAGUCAGUUUCUAACUUUUUUCCUGAAAGGGGCCCACAGGGCAUUCACCGUAGAUGGCAUCAAGGGAGACACCCUGAUCGACAUUGGCAGUGGCGCAUCCAUCCACCAAUUUCUGUCCGCCUGCGAGUCCUUCCGAGAGAUCAUAGCCACGGAUUACGCUGAGCAGAACUGGGACGAGGUGCAGCGAUGGCUGAGGAAGGAGCCGGGGGCAUUUGACUGGACCCCCAUCGUGAAAUAUGUCUGUGAGCUGGAGGGAGACUGGAAAAAAUGGCCAGAGAAGGAAGAGAAAGUCCGAAGAGCCCUCAAGCGGUACCUGAAAUGCGAUGUGACCCAACCCAACCCUUUGGCCCCACUGGUUCUUCCACCCGCAGAUUGUCUGCUCUCCACCCUGUGCUUUGAUGGGGCUUGCAGGGACAUCCCCACCUACCGAAUGGCCUUCAGGAACAUCAGUUCCCUCCUGAAACCAGGGGGGCACCUCUUAUUCAAUUCAAGCCUUGAAGGGCACUACUACACAGUUGGCCAACAUCGUUUCUCUGUCCUUCACCUGGAGAAGGAGGUGAUAGAAGAGGCAGUGAGACAGGCCGGCUUUGUCAUUAAGUGGAUUGAGGAAAUCAGGAUCAACUGCCCCCCGUCCGAAGCAGAUGCAAAAGGCCGGUGCAUCCUUCUUGCCCAAAAAUGUAGCCCAUGAAAUCUGUUGAGGGAACAACCAGAGGCUUCCCCAACCAUUGUUAGGAUUUUGUUAUACAGGUGAGGGGAAACACACACCACGUGGCUUCUGCGAUCCUUUCCUAGAAGGCGCAUAGAAAAUCAUUUUGUGUAUAAUAAAAUAUUUUGUUGUUC